UGGCGAAUUUAAAGCUGCGCGUGAUUCACUAAAAAAUCAAGCAGUCCACUCAACUUCUGCCCAGAAUAUAUUCAUGAUCUCAUUGUUAUGUGUAACGUUGAUCGUGCCAUCAUACGCACUCCAAAUGGGAGAUGAUGAAGAUGAUCAUCUUUUAUCAUAUGUAAACGCCUAUAUCGACGUAGUGAACAACUUCAUUAUAUUACAAUACGUUUUUCGUAUUGACAUAGCAGGUAAUCAAGGUCUGGAUGAAUUUACGUACCUGAUUCAGAAAUUUAAAUUAACACUAAAUUCAAAUUAUGAACAAUACGUCGAAUGUAUCAACGAUAAUAAGCUGUGUGGUUUACUGAAGAUGCCGAUGUUCACAAAUACACAAAAAGCACGUGUCCUCGAUUUACUAUAUUUAAUUGGAUUUCAUAGUACUGAUCCAAGGUUUAAAAAUAAAGUUAACAAAGUUACGGCACAAAUCGAAAAUGAAUUAUCAUAA